UAAAAGUCGGCUCUUUAUUUUGUAAAUUCGUUUGGAUUACUGUGUUUCUUAUGGCAGCUAGUGUGGGUACCUGUAUUUGCUGUUACAUAGAAAUUUGUAUGCCAAGAAGCGAAGGAAGUUUUUCGUCAAUAAUUCAAAUGUUUCAUUUGAUAUUCAAUAUUCAAUACUUCUUCAACGUUUAUUUCGUUAACAAAUACGGAGGACAGUCUUUCUUGAAUUACAUCGAAACUUACGAAACCAUUGACAGAUAUCUAGGGAUCGUAAGUUACAAAGAUUUGAAAAGAAAUAUAAAAAAGAUAUAUUAUCUUAUAUUGGGCAUUGUUGCUCUAACUAUUUUAUUGGAUUUCGUUUGUUCAUUUAUAAUGCUCGGAUGGAUAGCUUCAAUUAUUUACACUUUGCAAUAUGUCUUUUACUUUUUCAAAAUACUUAACACCUUGGAUAUGAUAUCCAAUAUAUGUCAAAUAAAAUACCGUUUAAAAUCAAUCGGGAACUCUUUGAAACAUUACUAUUAUAACUCCGAUAACGUACCGGGGGAACUUAAAGAUAUAGCGCAUCACAAUUUUUUUGUAAUUAAGACAGUCCAUGAACAAAAGCGGGUUUCUAGUGAUGUUAUGGUGCUCAACAAAUGCUAUUUACUUUUAAGUAAGCAGACUUAUUACAUCAACAACAUGUAUGGAUUCCGAGUAAGAAUUAUAUUACUUACAGUCACUGAAUGA